GUCUGAACUUUGCUUUUCUCUCCUCUCCUGUUCUGCGGCCACUUCAGGGUUCUAGCUGGGAUUUAUUGACCAGCCCCAAGGCCAAAGUCGUGGUCCUCCCCACAAUUUCCUCCCGUCCGUAAGAGAAGCAGCCUUGCAUCUCGGCUGCCUGUACUUUAGGGUGCACCAAAAGGGCCAGCCAGUCAGCAAGAGGCGGCUGAACCGAGACACACCUUGGACCUUCCAACGUCCAUGCCUCCUCAUCUUCACUGUUUCAGCCUCUCGUUCUGCCCCAAUUUGACACAGUCAAUAUAGAAAGGCUGAUAUAGUUGCGGGCGCACGCACACACACAAUCGCGCGCAAACACGGGAAAACCUGCUUCUUGGAUUCCAGAGGCUAGUCUUAGUCCGAGGCCUAGACUUCUAGGCUGUUAUUCUAUGUCUCGUUUCGUUGCGACUUUCUCCAACCCCAAUCCCAACCGACCAAACAAGCAAACAGGCUGCCGUUUGCCAGCUUGGUUUGCCCGCCGGCUCCGUUUGCCACACCCGAGAUUUUCACCCUAGUUCUUUGACCAUUUCUUUUCCCUCCCCGGCCGCCUUCCUCUUUUGGUAUAUUCAUUCCGGACCACAAUGUCCCGCCCACAUGUGCUCAGGAUUCCACGUUCGGACGAGGACGAAGGCUCGUUUGUUUUGGUUCACGUGCAGCCGUCAUCUUCCAAGAAGGCACGCCCUCUGGACGUCAGAAUUGUAGCGACUGAGGGCACCUCCCCCUACGUUGUCACUUUAAAGCACGGUAGCAUCCAGACUCUAAGGCCCAAGGACAGCCCUUGCACAUCUGAAGAAUGGGAGCAAAUAUUAGAGUCUCUUCUCCUAGGCCAAGAAGUAGUCCCGGAUAUCCACCUUACGGCUGCCGUGGGGUCUGGCCUGCAGAUUACUGUUCGCAAAAAGGUCCAGCGCAUUACGCAACGCCUCGGGGUCAUCAACUUACCAGAGGAUGAGGGCGAGGCAGUUGAACUGUUUGACUGGUGUGGGCUUGCCCUCGAGUCCACUAAUAACGCCAGGACAGAGCUUGCUUCGGCCAAGGCGAAAGCAGAGGAGUGUGAACAAGCUGUCAGUGAGUUGACCAAGCAGCUGGACCGGCUAGUGCAAGCCAAGGCGGAGCACGAGGCUGCGCUCUUGGACAAAUUCCGACUGUUGCUCAACGAAAAGAAAGCAAAGAUCCGAGAGCAGCACGAUGUCAUCAAGAGCGGGGGCAUUAAUUCGACCACCCAUGCCACCUCCAAUCAACCUGAUUCAGAGGACGAUGAAGGAAAGGUUGAAGAAUACAAUGAUCGCGACGCUAAGUCGCUAGCCAAGACGGCCCGGCGACCCCCGGUUGCACGCAAACCCAAGCGCAAGGCGCCGGCAGCCGACCUAAGCACUGAUUCGGAUGACGGAUUCGAUGUGAUGGAUGUUGACCAACCUAAGCAGGACGACGGAGACCACGGCAACUCUUCCGGUGACGAGAAGCAAACUAGCGAUGAGGACGACCAGGCUACCGCGAGUGAAUCAGAAAUCAUCAGCCCAGCUGCCAACGACCAAGCAAAAUCAUCUGGUCAAGGAAAGGCUGCCGCGGCUAGUGCUACUGCUGCUCCUGCCCCUAGUCCUCCUACCACACGUCAGGCAUCUGUCGGGAAGCCAAUUGCAACACGUGCUCGUAAACCACCGCCAAAGGCGUCAGCAGCCUACAAGGAUGAUGGCAGUGAGACAGAAUCGGAUGAUGAACUAUAAAAAUCCCAUUAUUCCCAGGGAAACAAUAGUUCGUCCCAAAACCGGGGUUGAGCGAGUAGCUUUGCGAUGGCAUUGAUAAUAGUGUCGUUGUCGGGGUUACAAACAUGUUUUUCUCUUCCUGGCGUCAAACUUUUACUUGGAGAGACCCCACACAGUUCGAUACCUUUUCCGACGCCAUUCUGCAACAAAAAAGAAAUUAUCGUUCGAUUAUAUCCCUUUCAAUGUCUCUUAACGCCGAUCGUCCGCCGCAAACUUGUUGUUCCAAAAGCCCCGAUGGUGUUUCUGGUUGCCUAGCUCCGAAAUUUCCUGGACCUCCUUGGGCGUCAAUUUGAAGCUCGGGAUUCUCUUCUGUAACGCCUCCAGACGGUCCUCUUUGGCGCUGGUCGUGAUGGCCACAACUCCUUGGUCAAUACACCAUCGUAGUGCAAUCUCACCAGGCGUGACGCCGUAUUUUCUGGCCAGCUCAUGAUACUUGCCGUCGACAGGUCCCCCCUUGGCAUUCGUGAUGGCCGUCAGGGGCCCGUAUGCCGACGUUGCUAUGUUCUGCUUGCGGUGGUAGUCGAGCAGAUCGCCGUGCUGGAGGUACGGGUGAUACUCGAUCUGGUUGAUGGCGGGCGGGACCUUGGCCGUCUUGAGGAUGGUCUCCAGAUGUUCCUGAAGAAAGUUGGAGACUCCAAUGGACUUGGCCUUGCCGGCUUCCCUGAGGGCUUCCAUCUCAGCCCACUUGGCCUGCAGCUCCUCGGGUGAUUCGGCCCAGAAGGGGCUGUGGAUCAGGAACAGGUCGACAUAGUCAAGCUGCAGUCGCUUGAGAGAAGCGUCCAGGCUCUCCUGAGUGGUGACGCCAGGUUUGCAGAAGGUCUUGGUGGUGAUGAAGAGGCUCUCGCGGGGUAGUCCGGAUUCUUUUACAGCCUGGCCGAGCUCCUCCUCAUUGCCGUAAACUGGGUUGAAAUUUUACUCUUAGCACUCAGAAAUAUAAGUGCGCGCAGGUGGGAAUUUGAAACGAGCAGGUAGCAGAGGCACGAGUAACUAACCUUCAGCCCCGUCCAGGUGGUUGUAGCCCUUUUUGAGAGCAAUCUUGGUGAGUUCAACCAGUUUUGGGUCGACAUCACCACCCCUUCGACAUUGGGCUGUGCCCAGGCCGUAUGAGAGCUUGAGUCAUUUGGAGGGUGAAGCUUAGUACAAACGUGCUGACCCCUUUCAAGUCAUCCGGAUUUUAUGGCCGUUCUUACCAUGGGGAUUUGAUUGCCAUCGUUCAGCUUCAGGUACGGGAGAUAAUUAAGCUGUUUCGGGGCCUCGCCCGAGGCGUCUGGCUGGUGAGAUGAAGCUGCCGAGUUCAUGUUUACUCUCAGAUGCUAGGUGGCUAUGAUAGAAUGAGUGUCGAGGUUCGACAAGUCCUGUUAUGGUGCCUAGAUAGGUACCUAUGUAUAUCUUUUUUUUUCGGCGAUGCUAGAGGGAAAAUGGAACUAAGGCAGGUGUACCUAAGCUGGGGCCUUUCGACGAAUAUACGUUUCAAAUAUAUGCAAGGCAAGCACG